GCUCUGUUUACGUACACACAUAGCUGCGAGCGGGGAGUUUCUCCUGCCGGCGCGUCCCGCGAGCUGCCUGGAGAAUCCCGAGCCGGAGCUCUUCCGAGCGGGGCGGGAGAGGCGAGCCGAGGCAGGGCAUGAGUUUUAGCGCGAAAAGCGGCGCUUUGCUGAGCUCCCGGGCAGCGCGGUGGUGGUGGCGGCAGCAGCCGUCCUGCGGCGCGGCGGCUCACGCCUGGUCCUGCUUCGGUGGCGGCUGGUCGCGGCCCAUCCUGGACAUGUCCUACUCUCGUCACUUUCUGGAUUUCCAGGGCUCGUCCAUCCCCAGCUCCAUGAAGAAGCUGGUGGUGACUAAGCUGAGCCAAAACUUCAGGGAAGCGGUCACCCUGCAGCAGGACUCGCCCGUGCCACUCCCGGGAGACGGAGACCUCCUGGUCAGGAACAGAUUUGUCGGCAUUAAUGCAUCUGAUAUAAACUACUCAGCUGGUCGAUAUGACGCCUCAGUUAAACCCCCCUUUGAUAUAGGCUUUGAAGGCGUCGGUGAAGUGGUAGCAUUAGGACUCAGUGCUAGUGCAGAUUUCACAGUGGGUCAAGCUGUGGCCUACGUGAAAGCAGGUUCCUUUGCUGAAUAUACAGUUGUGUCUGCCAGACAAGCAGUCCCUCUACCCUCAGUGAAACCCGAGUUUCUCACUUUAAUGGUAAGUGGAGCAACUGCAUACCUCAGUUUGAAAGAGCUGGGAGACCUGUCUGAAGGCAAGAAGGUUCUGGUGACAGCAGCAGCUGGAGGAACGGGCCAGUUCGCUGUGCAGCUUGCAAAGAAGGCAAAAUGCCAUGUAAUUGGAACCUGCUCCAGUGAUGAAAAGGGUGGCUUUCUGAAAUCCAUUGGCUGUGACCGUACCAUCAACUAUAAAACUGAAAAUGUCGAAUCUGUGCUGAGGAAGGACUACCCUGAAGGUGUGGAUGUGGUGUAUGAAUCUGUUGGGGGAAAGAUGUUUGACUUGGCUCUCAAUGCCUUGGCUAUCAAAGGGUGCCUGAUAGUUAUUGGGUUUAUCGCUGGCUACCAAAACCCCACUGGCCUCCAGCCCGUUAAAGCAGAGUUAUUGCCAGCAAAACUAUUGAAGAAGUCUGCUAGCGUCCGGGGUUUCUUCUUGAACCAUUACCUUUCCGACUACAAAAUGGCUCUGCAGCAUUUGCUCAAGAUGUAUGAAAGAGGAGACCUGGUUUGUGAGGUGGACUUUGGAGACAUGUCUCCAGAGGGCAAGUUCACUGGCUUGGAAUCUGUAUUCCGUGCUGUAGAUUACAUGUACAUGGGAAAAAACAUUGGAAAAAUUGUAGUUGAAUUACCUCACUCUGUCAACAGUAAGCUGUAAAAACAGAACAAUGAUAUAAAUCAGAAGCGAGAAAAUGGGCACUUUAUGCCUCAGAUUUACUAGAAACAAUUUCUUUUUUUAAGCUUAGUAAUGGAUAUUAUAUUAAAAAACAGCAUUAAAGUGUUAAUAAAAAGGGAUGGGUUUGUUGGGGUUUUUUGUUUUGUUUUGUUUUUAUUUUCUUAAAAGUGUUUAAAUCAGUGGCUGUAACAGGGACAUAAUGGGCCUAUGUUUGAUACUGUCACUUAGGUUAGCGUGAGACAUGAACAUUGUUCUUGACAGAAUAAGUCUUGAUGCAGAGGCAGAUUUAGUCUGUCAGCCUGAUUUGAUAAGACUUCAUAUGUAGUUCAGCUCAGAAAAAAAAUCUUUCAGCAAUUUUGAUUCCCUGAUUUAAAAAUAAAAUUGUUAGAACAAGAAUAAGUAGAGUUGUAUCUUUGGGUUGCUCUAUUAAUCUUUUGAAGUUUCUGGGAAAAAAAUGCUCUUGAUUUUCUGUCACAAACAUGAUAAUCAUAAUUCAGUUGCAUCAUGGAUCAUAGUAAUAUUCCUUGACUGGUUACACAGGGAAAUUUAUCCUCCAAUUCUGACAUGUCAGUAAUAUUAAGCAACUUGGCUUUUUCUUUUUUUAAUCCUGUCUUUCAUAACUAUAAACAACUGUGCAAUUUUCUUUUAAACCUUUAACUGUAAGUUGCAAUGUAGUCUCAUUUUGUUGCCUUUUCAUUUUCCACUGCUACUGUUUAUUGUCCAGUCUCCCCUUUAGCCAGUAUUUAAAGAUGAUUGGAAUGGGAUUUUGAGCCAUGUUCAUGUGUGUUCGAGCCCUGUAUAUUUUUUUGAAGAUUAAAUAAAGUUUUAAAAGCUAUUUAAA